GCCAAACCGGGGGGCAAUCAAAGCGCGCGACUGCACGGCACAUCAAUGGGGGGCGCGCCGCUGUUUCUUGGCCCCCCUCUUCCCCACUUUUUGCUUGUGCUCGCAUGCGGGGGGAAGUGACAGGUAAUAACGCGGGGUUGGCGUGUUUGGGGGUGGAUGAAGGUAUCCGCACUCGACUACGGACUGAACAGGUCCACACAGCAUUUUUGAAAGGAAUUGAGCUCUGCUCGCCUACCUAACCAGACGUAGCUUGGCAGCCACGGCGGUCCCGAUUCGAGUGAGGUGCGGAGACGUCGAUUUAGAUAGGCAUUGGCAGACCCGCAGCAACCCCGUCUUAUACCCAUCACAGCCAAGGACCGGAUCAAACAUGGCGGGUAAGCAAGCAUCACCAUGCUAUGUACGAAAAGGGGCAGUGCUUACGGCCCGUCUCCUCUCUCUCCUCGCUCCUCUCUCGACUCGAGCCGGCGUAGUACUAGCCCGCAGAGGAUGGAGGAUUGAGGACGAACACGGGAUUGUAAGGCAGCUUUUGUCUACCAACCUCUUUUCCGGACUUGCUAGGAAGCUCCAAACAGGAUGUCGUGCUUGCUUUCUUGGCAUGUGCUCCCAUCGCCAGAGACGUAAAUCCAAUGGGAUUCAAAGCACGCCAAUUGGAUCUUUCCAAGUUCGGAUUCGGAAAACUCGGGGUGUUAGACACAAAUGUCCACCAAUCCCUAGUCUCUCUCCCCCCUUUUCCCCUCUUCUCCCAUCUGCCCGCCUGCCGGUCUUGGAUACUUCCUCAGUACUAUCGCCAGCAGAAGGACGUCCGCGAAUUUAGCCCAGCUGCUUGCUGGCAGCUUUGGUAAUACUGGUAACAGCAGCAACGAGUCAUCCCAUUCGCCAAUGGCCCCCGCCAAAACUUGGACGCGCACCCAUCCGCCCCAAAGCAGCGACG